AUCAGUGCGACACUGUCUGUCAGCUCAUCUGUGAAGUCUGAUGAUCUCUCCUGCCGAAUGCUCCAAAAUCUCUUUCUUGAAGCUUCAAAUUCGCCGAGAAGUCUGUCUUUCCACCUCUUAAGUAUAGCGUAUAAGUCAGGAUCUAUUGCUGGAGUUGCAAUCUUGAAGAAUUCGAUGCCAAGAAGGGUUUGAUCUGAAAGGUUGUGGCGGAAGGAGAAUAGAGUUGAUAAAAAAUAUACAGCUGCUGAAAAUGGUACAGAGUACAUCUGUGAGCACUUUGACAACUUCUGGAAAUGGUGGGAUUUAUGGCUCCUCUGCUCUGUGGAGAAGUGAAUACAGGUUUACAACCAAAAUCCAUAGGGCCUCUAUGAUUGAAAGACAAUCCCUCUGGUGCCAGCAUGUCCUCAAAUCAUUCCCAACAAGUCAGCUCAAUAGAUCACAACAAAGGGGGUUGAGGGUUGAAGCUGGUUGGCUGUUUAAUAAGAGUGAAGAGGGGAUGGAUGCAAGUUCAGAACGCAGUGAGAGUGCGAAUGAGGACAUAUUGAUAUUCUUUUUCCAGCUUGAUUUAGCAACUCGUGUACAGUGUGCUCUGAAUAUGGAGCAGUACGACAUAGCACAACAAUUGAGAAACAAGCUUACUGAGGUUGAAGCAGAGGUCAUCAAGCAACAAGAAGAUAAAAAGGGAUUGACCUCAAAGAGUGAAGCACAAGAUAAGGGCAUAAGUAUUCUGCGUCUGCGUGCAGACAUGCAGAAAGCAAUUGAGACUGAGAACUAUGCUUUAGCAGCUGAAUUGCGUGAUGAAAUAUCUAAACUGGAGGCAGAAUCCCUGGCUGCUUCAGCAAAAGCAUUAGUAUAUGAAAUUGCCCAGUAUGCAUUUCGUCUGGGUCAGAAAGUGAAGCAUAAGAUAUUUGGCUAUCAAGCUGUUGUUUGUGGAAUGGAUCCUUUGUGCUGUGAAUCUAGUUCGUGGAUGGAGACUGCACGUAUUGAAAAGUUGCGUCACGGGUCCAAUCAGCCAUUUUAUCAGGUUUUGGUUGAUGUACAUGCAGACCCUAACCUGCUUGUAGCUUACGUUGCGGAGGAGAACUUAUUAGCCCUUGAUCAACCAGGCAAGAAAAGGUUUGAUCAUCCAUAUAUUUCCUUCCUAUUUUAUGGAAUGGACACAGCUGGCGAUUUUAUUCCAAUAAAGCAGCUGCGUGAGAAGUACAACAGACCCCGUCAUGAAGUGCCUAUGGAUCCAGAAAAUGAAGAGGAUGGUAGGGAGAAUUCUUAAAGGAAACUGGGACAAUAGACAUUAAAUGAUAUAACUAUACAGCCUAACCGCUAUCCCGAGCUCACUUCUACGUGAUAAUGCUGUGUAAAUAUCUUCUAUUUGGAACUGGGAAUCUUCCCCUCUAGGUGGACAA